AUGGCUGGAGAUCAAGCUCCUUUAGAUGAUUCAACCACCGCAAGCUACACAAAUUCACAAACUGCUAUGGAUUCGACCAAUCCGUUAUACAUGCAUCCUUCAGAGAAUGUUGGAUCUAUGCUGGUUCCAUUGGCCUUCGAUGGAUCUGGUUACAGGUCUUGGAAGAGAGGAGUUUUAAGAGCACUAUCUGUGAAGAACAAAACAGGAUUUAUAAAUGAAAAACGUAAAAGGCCAGAUCCAAAUUCCCCCAUGUUCAAUCAAUGGGAAAGAUGUGAUGAUAUGGUUACUUCGUGGAUACUAAAUUCAUUGUCCAAAGAUCUAGAAGAUAGUCUACAAUAUGUGAAAGAUGCUGAAGAACUAUGGCAGGAGCUGGAGGACAGAUAUGAUCAAACGAAUGGAGCUAAAUUAUAUCAAUUACAAAAGAAAAUCAAUGACUUAACUCAGGGAUCACUUGACAUUACUGGAUAUUAUACAAAGAUGAAGAAGUUGUGGGAAGAACUCAGUACUUUGAAUGCUAAUGCACGUUGCACUUGCAACUGUACAUGUGGAGCUAAGGCAAGUAUGCAUAAGGCAAAGCAAGAUAGGAGGCUAAUUCAAUUUCUGACGGGACUAAAUGAGUUAUAUACAAUAGUGAGAGGCAGUAUUCUUAUGAUGAACCCAUUGCCUUCCUUAGCACAAGCCUUUUCCAUCCUCAUUCAAGAAGAAAAGCAAAGGGAGAUGAGGCCACAGAGUCAACUGCUUAUGGAGUCCACAACCUUAAAUGCAGGUAGAGCUGGUAACAACAAUUUCAGGAACACAAAUGGAAAUGGAUAUAACAACUUCAAAAUGAACUAUAAUCAGCAUGCAAAUAACAACACUGGGAGUAGUGUGUUUAGGGGGAGCUACCCUCAGAAUAGAUCUCGUUUGUACUGUGAGUUUUGCAAGAGGCCAGGGCAUUCCAAGGACAAAUGUUACAAGCUACAUGGUUAUCCACAAAACUCACCACAGAGUUCACAGCAGUCCAGAUUCAAUAAAGGCAAAUGA